AUGCUAGACUACCUAAUGAACGACCAAAUUCCUGAUGAAACCGACCCUUCACCUCAACACUGUGAUUUGCAGCGAGUUGUCAAUGCCAUUAGGACCCUCGGGUUGCUUUCUGAAUCGAAGAUCUCCGAGGAUUGGGCUGUUGCCUUCGAUUCGUGGCUCGAUCGGGUGCUUUCACUUGAGUCUAGUCCCAGGGAAUCAUUGUUCGAUUCUGUCACAGUCGCGAAAUCGUUGGACCGGAAUAUGUUUACUAGGGGUGACUUGUCGAGAAUGCAGCUCCGAUCGGCUGCUCGCAUGAUAUCCAGUCUGGUUCGGAAAACUCGUCGAGAAUAUCCAGGCAUGAGCUCUCCUAUAGGCAGCAUAUUUUACUUAUUGGGUAAAUAUUCAGAAAUCAAGAAGGAUGUAACGGUGCACGCCGGGAAGCUCGUUCAACCGGUUUUGGACCAUCUGUUAGACAAUGAAUUCUCAGAGGUGGUAAUGGAAGGAGCACUUGCAGUGCUAUGUAUCGUAAUUGACUUCUUACCUGCAUCAUUUCUUCCUCAUUACGAAAAGGCUGAAGCUGUCAUUGUUUCGAAAAUCGUCUCAGGCCAGUGCAGUUCCAAUAUGAUGAAGUUGAAAUUCACCUCAAUGAUGUCUUUCAAUGCCUGGAACAAGGUAAUCAUUUCUGCUUUGAAAGCGUUCGACGUGUUUGCAGACGAUAAACGUAACGAAAUCAUGUCGAUUCGUCAUUUUUUAGCGCCAGAAAGAGCAGCAUAUCUAGAAGCAAGAAAAGUCCAAGCAUAUGCUGCCAUGCAUAAUCCCCACACUGAUGCUUUGCUGCAGCACAAUGCUAACGAAUUCUUAUUCAGUUCAGGUGACUCUUCCGGUUCAUCGAUUAUUAACUCUUGUAAAGAGAGUGCUAAUGGUGAAUGGCUCUUUUCUCGAACUUCAUCGAAGUCCAUGGAAAUCAUGCAGGAAGGAUAUGGUUUCAUUGAGCUCCCUGCUUUGCAACCAUGUGGUUUAGAUCUCCUAUCUGCAAUCAUCAAAAGAACAUCCAGCCAACUAUUGCCCCAUGCUGGAUAUAUCAUUAGGCUACUUAAAGAUUGUUUGAAACAAUGUGCAUUGACAAUGCUAAGAACAAAACUCUACUUCAUCAUAAGGACUUUGCUUAUAUCUAUCGGUAUCGGGGCAGCCUUGCAAAUUGCAGAAGAACUCACCAUUAGUGCAGUAUUCGAUUUAGAUUCCUCUUGGUAUCUAAAUAGGCAAAAAUCUGCGACGGUUGAAGCACCGAUGCAGCCUGCUGACAGGAAAAGGAAGCACGCUGCAAUCAAUUCUCGCAGGAGAGGUGGCGUGUUAAGGUCGGAUUUACAACCGAGUGUCGAUGAUCUGCUGAUGAAUGUUGCGGAAAUCACUUAUGAUGGGAAAUGGAGAAAUGAUGAAGGAGUGAAGCAAACAAGAAGCAGGAACAAAGAUUGCAGAUUCUGUGGCGUUGCACUUUUGGCAUUAGAAAAGAUCAUGAAUCCGAGGAAUGUUUCGAAUGGCGACAUUCCGAAAGAGGGAAUCAAGCUUAAUGAAAGCCAAAUUCCCAAGUCAUUUCCUGCAGAUCAAGAUGAAAGUCUACUUAGUUAUCUCCGUCAUGGUUACAAUGAAAGUGAAGCUACUUUAAGCAACCCUGAAGAUCGGAAACAAGAGGCGUUCCUCGUUGACAUCGAGAUCAAACGAAACUCGGAUGAAACCGUGAACGAGGAGCAAUUACAGGGUCCAUUAUCAGUGGCAGAAGUGAAGCCUUUCAGGAGGAAACACGAAUAG